UCGUGUUUAGCAUUUCGAGUUAUUGGCAAUAAUUCUUAUAUUGCAAUAACGAAAUUAAACUUAUAAAUCACAAAAACGCUAUCUAAAAAAAUCGUGUAUCUCGAUUUUAAUUGGAAAAACAAUGCAGUUAAUCGCCGCGAGAAUUAUUUGUUACAUAUGUGUCAUUAUCGGAUUUUGUAAUCUACAAGUUCAAGGUCAGUCGAAAAAAGUAUCACCGAAGCUGGAUUUCGAUGAUGUAGACGAGAAUACGAACAACUCAAGUGUGCCUAUUGUGCCGGGUGUUGGACAGGGCCGUACCAAUAACGGCGAACGACAUGGCGGUGGUAAUACCGGUAGGGGUAGUGAUGGCAGUGGUGGCACGGACGGUAGUUCAAGUACUGAUAGUACAAGUGGCGGCGCAGGUGGUAGUAAAGUUGGCCCAAAGAUUCAUGGUGUGCGUGUAACAGUGGACACAGGCGAUACACAGAAAUCGAAAGAAUCGAAGGAAAGUGUAGAAAUAACAGAUGUCGGUAAACAUAAGAAGCGGGUUGGCAUACAUACAGACAUCACCUUUGAAAUAUCAACUGAUGGAGAGGAUGACACGAAUGCGACAAGUUCGGCACAGAAAACUGAUAAAGAAGAUGCAAGCGUACCAAUUUUUAAAGGACAUAACGAUUCAAGGCAUAAAUCUCGCAAGCCAUACGAUCCAAAACAACAUUGGAGUCCUGGAUUCUCUUCCGAACGUCACGAUAGUACUGGCCGCAGUGGCCCUUCAUACGGCAAUCAUUAUCCACAAUAUCCUUACAAUGUACCUGUUUACACUUCAGGCGCCAGUGAUACUCGCGGUGGUGGUGGUAAUAUUUAUAGACGAGGUGAUGGCUGGAAUAAUUAUAUACCAGUACAAAAUCUUUGGACAACAGAACGUAGCUAUAUUGAACCAUUUCGUCCAAAUUCUGUAACAGGUUACCAGCGUACACCAAGUUGGAAGCCUUGCUAUUGUGUGCAAUCAGUUGUUGAUAAUCGCCGGCGGCGUGAGAGCAAGCACGGAACUAUUGAUGCUGUAGUACGACCUACAAGUUCUAUUAUUAAAGUUAUUGAUAAUAAAUUGGAUCGACCAUUUUCCAAAUAAAUACUUAGUAAACACUAAAUAGUCGUAUUUAAGUGGAAUUUAAAAUUUUAUAAUUUAUAUGCUGCUGUUGUGAAUAAUUAU